AAAACUAAAUAUAUGAUUCCAAGGAAAACUUUAUUAAAAAGUCCUUAAAGUUUUAAAGUACAUAUAAGAAAAUUGCCUCCUCUUUUGAGAGAAGAAGAAUUCUAUGCAACAAUUUAAGAAUUUAUGAAUGAUAUUGUGGUAAAAUAUUAUGCGAAAGGAAAAUUGAAGUAAUAAUACCAUUCAUAAUAAGAGAGUAAGAAAAAAUAGAUUCCAAAUGUUAUUUAUAUUUUAACAGCGAUUCAGCAAUGAAUAAAUUUAUUUAAGGUUAUAAAAAAGUAUUUUGUGAUGAAAAAGGUUUGUAUUAUUUACCAGAUAUAGGUAAAUCUUUACUUCAAAAUUAGUAAGAUUUAAUGAGAAAUAAACCUAAUCCUUUAGAAGGCGAAUUUAAAAAAACAGAAAUAUAUAAGAAAUUUAUACAAUAAUAAGAAGAGGAAUAAAAAUAAUAAUAAUUAGAAAAAGAAAAUUCUUAGCUAUAAUAAUUGAAGGAUGAGUAAAAAAGUUUAGAAGAAAAGCCAAAGAAAUUUGAGAAGGUCAAAACUCAUAUAAUUAUGGAAUUAGAAAAAGAAUACUUGAAAAAGAAGGAAUUGAAAACUUAAAUAGAUAACUUGACAAAUACAAAAAAUAUUAUCAAAUUAAAUUGUGAGGAGGAGGGUAGAAUAAUUGAAAGAACUUUUGUAAUUAAAAUAAAUUAUAAAUUAUAGAUUUUUGUACCAAAAGCGAAAAAUUGAAUGUGAAUCAAAUUAAUAAGUAAACAUAAAUAAAUAAUUGAAUGAUCC